UGAGUCUAUUUUCCUUGAGGGACAAAGGCACCCUUUUGGCAUUUCAUCUGUUAUCAGUUAAACAAAGUGUUUUUUACUGUUAGUGAACAAUCUGUAACACCAGCCAUGCUCUAUUUUCAUAUGUAGACUAACAUGUGCUGUCCCCCUCCCUCAGAGCCAGUGUCUAAUGUGAGCAUCACAGUGAGCAGCUCAGACUUAGUGGAGUUCAACAGUUCUGUGACUCUCUCCUGUUCUGCUGAUGGGAUCAACCUGACAACUUUCCUCUGGUUCAAUGGCACUUCUGAAGUUACACUCAGUGACAGAGUGCACCUCACUGAUGGAGGAGCAACUCUCACUAUAGCCACUGUGUGGCGCUAUGACCACGGACCAUUCACAUGUAAAGUGUCUGAUCCUUUCAGUAGCAGCACCAGUGCCCCAGCAGAAGUCUCCAUCAGCUAUGGACCUGAUGAUGUCAUUUUGAGGAGCUCUCCUUUACUUGAUUAUUAUGAGGAAGGUUCAGACGUGUCUCUGUCCUGCUCAGCUGACUCCAGACCUGCAGCUCACUUUAAAUGGCUUUUCAAUGGAGAGUUGUUGUCUUUUACUGGAGCACAGAUACAAGUGAAGAACAUGCAGACGAUUCAUAGUGGAGACUACAGCUGUCAGGCUUUCAACAGCAAAACUCUCAAAUAUACAACGUCUCAGCCUGUGAGGAUCUCUGUGCUGAAUUCAGCAGUUCCUCCAGAGGGCCUCUCAGCUGGAGCCAUCGCUGGGAUAACUGUUGCUUUAUUAGUGGUCGUUGUUGGAGCUGCAGUCGGAGGGUUUCAGAUGUAUAAACACCAAAACAGCAGAAAGUUCAGGAAUAACAGUCAGAAUGAACAUCAUGUCUACGAGAAUACUUCAAAUACACACAACUCUAACAAUGAUGAAGAAACUGUGUAUGAGAAUGAUUUCAAUCCAUACAAUCGAAACUUAUUAACCAGAAAAUCUUCAAAUCUCAAGUCCAAAAGAGGUGAAGUGUUGCUCUGCUCCACAGAGUUAUCUUACGUCAAUAAGAGCACUUCAUCAAUGCUGAGGCAUUAUGGAGCUCAUGGCAAUGAAGAAUUGGCAGAUCCUCCCGUGAGUGCCUCAGUGGAUGAGGGUGUGGUCAACAUGAUCAUCAAAGACUGUCAGCCACUCACCAUGGCUGAAAAUGAGGGAUUCAGAGAGCUUAUGAAGCUUAUUGCAACCCUCAUAUGUUGUACCAAGCAGGAAGAGCCAGUGUCUAAUGUGAGCAUCACAGUGAGCAGCUCAGACUUAGUGGAGUUCAACAGUUCUGUGACUCUCUCCUGUUCUGCUGAUGGGAUCAACCUGACAACUUUCCUCUGGUUCAAUGGCACUUCUGAAGUUACACUCAGUGACAGAGUGCACCUCACUGAUGGAGGAGCAACUCUCACUAUAGCCACUGUGUGGCGCUAUGACCACGGACCAUUCACAUGUAAAGUGUCUGAUCCUUUCAGUAGCAGCACCAGUGCCCCAGCAGAAGUCUCCAUCAGCUAUGGACCUGAUGAUGUCAUUUUGAGGAGCUCUCCUUUACUUGAUUAUUAUGAGGAAGGUUCAGACGUGUCUCUGUCCUGCUCAGCUGACUCCAGACCUGCAGCUCACUUUAAAUGGCUUUUCAAUGGAGAGUUGUUGUCUUUUACUGGAGCACAGAUACAAGUGAAGAACAUGCAGACGAUUCAUAGUGGAGACUACAGCUGUCAGGCUUUCAACAGCAAAACUCUCAAAUAUACAACGUCUCAGCCUGAGGAUGUCAACAAUAACCCCUAA